GACUCUGUCGAUGGUUAUUUUUCAUCCUUGUUGGUGUCUACUGCGAGGCUUUUGUUAGAAAAUGAACCAACAUUCAUUAGCGAGAUGAGUUAUUUUAUUUCUUAAUGAGUGAUUAAAUGAGGCAUGGAAGAAGAGGAAUUUCUUUUUCCCUUUUCCUUUUUCCUUAGUCCUUAGUUAUAUAUCAUUCUAGCCUUGGUAGUAUUGUUUAAUACAGUCUGCUGGAGAGUUGUAUGAAGAACUCUCUUCUUCCAUCCUUACUGUUUCUUCUUCUUACUUUUAAUGGGAUAACUCAAAGUAUGUAUCAAGAUUGAGGUUUACUUAAUCAGAAUCUUUUAAAAGAGAAUGCCUUCAUUAGCAAAUACAUAAGAAGUUUUUGGUUCAAGUUUCUUAAAAAGAGCUAAUUUCUGUAUUAUUCACUAGUUGUCUUGAAAAGCAUAGCAAGUGCCAACCAUAAGAUGGUAACAAUGAAACUUUGUUGGCUCAUAUCGCCAACCAGUAUGUUUCAACUUUCAACUACCGUGGAUCAAGAAAAGAAAGGCAGUGGUGAUUUGCAUGCAAUGAAAACUACUUUUUUUGUGCGGGAAAAAGAAUUUUUUAUUUUCAUUUUUUGAGGUGCUGUCCUGUUGGGCCAAAGUUUUAUUUUGAGUCUAUUUGGAUAAACUUCUCUAAAAUCAUUUUUAGGAGACAAAAGUAAAAAAGAAAAAUGAAAUAAGCUUUUUAUAAACUAAAACUGGCUUGUGCAUAAAUUAAUUUUGAUUUUCCUUCCUAUAUUUCUCCUCUAAGUAUUUCUGGAGAAAUUUAUCCAAACAAACCUUAUUUUUUUUUAAAUAGAAAAAAAAGUGGGAAAUCUGCUAUGAAGGAGAAGCAAGAAAUUGGUGCUUCUCCUAGGAAGCAAUACAAUAAUUUUUAAAAUUGUGUUAUUUCUUUCUAAUAAUCAUUUUUUAUAAUAGUGCUUUCGGAAACAAAUCUGAGAAAAAAGAAAGAAAUCACAGUGAGGGCAACAUGCACUUGUUGACUUUACAUUGGCCUUUGUUUUGCUGUUAUUUAACUUGUUCUAUACAGAACAGUGGUUGUUUUGGAUGCUGCAUGAAACCCACACCAAUUAUUGCUGUGGAUGAGCCGGCAAAGGGACUUAGAAUUCAGGGGCAGACGGUGAGAAAACCAAACAUAUCAGAUGGUUUCUGGAGUUCAAGCACUUGUGAUCUGGAUAACAGCAAUGUUCAAUCUCAGAGAAGUAUCUCGUCUGCCAGUACAUUAAAUCAAAUUCUCUAUCACAGCGGAGGAACUUCUACUGCAGGCACCAAUCCUGAGUUUGUAAACCCAGGUCUUCUUCUCUGGAAUGAAAGCAGGCUUCAGUGGAUUGGAAGUGGCAAAUCUAGGAGGCAUAGCCAACAAAAAAGAGAACACAGACUAAAUAGAUGGAAUGCAACUUACGAAAGCUUGCUUGGGACUAGACAACCAUUCCCCAAGCCCAUCCCUUUAUCUGAAAUGGUCGAAUUCCUGGUGGAUGUUUGGGAGCGUGAAGGAAUGUAUGGUUGAGAUUUGAGAGUUUGAAAUGCUGAGGUGUCUUUAAGUUUGUUUAUAUUUCAAUGUUGUAUUUUACUCUUGAAAGGCUUUCAUGUAUAGUUGUGCAGAGAAGAUUAAAAGAUCAAACACAAGUUUGUUCUCCAUUUGUAAUUUCAAACGCUAAAGGCAAUCCUUUUGUUUUUGCCCUCAUGUAAAUGACUGUAUACCAUUUUCAAACUAUAAUCUGAAUUGCUGAAUGCAGAAGUUGUUACUAUUA